AUGCCGAGGCAAUCGGAUGUCAGGAUAGAGAUUGAGCAUCAUUUCGAGAACACCUUUCACACCACCUAUGCAGUGGAAAGGUACUCCGAGUAUGCCCAGCAGGUGCAGCGACAGAUGAAUGUGCAAUUGGAAAGCAGGGACAUCAACGUCCAGGUUGUCACCAACCCCGGGCCCCCCAAAGGCUUCUCUCCAUUCUGGAGUUGCCAGGGAUGGUUCACCUCCACCAAAGGUGAGAAGGUGCGCUAUCCCCGCCUCGGUGCCUUCGAAGUCUUCGCGGAGAUCUCCAAAGAUUUCGCCCCCAAAAGCGGCCUGCCGCCGCGCAUGCAGCUUUGGUCCAAGCUGUGUUCUCACCGCUGGCCGGAUCCCACGCGGCUGGCGGAGAAGCUGGCGGAGCUGCUCAGCUCAGGCAGGGAGAACGAGGACGUCUCCGAGGAGGUCCGGGCGUUGAACAACCGCUGGACUCACCCGGAAGUGCCAGAGAAGCCGAAGGUCAUACCACAUGCCCCCAUGUUUUUCGGGCUCACGCCUCGGGGGGGCACGCCCACGCCGGUGGAGCGGCGCAUCCCGGGGGAGAAGCGCUCCGCCAACUCCUCGCCGCGGCCGUCCUCGGCCUUCGCGACAAUGGGCGGCUCCAGCCUCAUGGUGUCACCGGGGAAGAUUCGGCCGAGCUCUGCGAAGCAGAUGAGAUCGCUGCAGGAUCACGAGCCAGCGAGCGAGCCGGCGACCCCCAAGGAGACACCACAGAAGUCCCCGGACGUUCCGGCCUUCGGUGGCUUUGAGGAGCGCUUUGAGGACGACCAGGACAAUCCGCCCUCCUUCCGGGAUUCCGGCGCAGCUGCACCCGCCAGCGCUCCGGAGAAGCAACCAGAGAAGGAGAAGGAUGCCUACUAUGACGAAUUCGAGGAUGAAGGCGAUCCGCCGGAGUCGGCACCGGUGCCUGCGUCUCCAGCUCCUGCGUCGCCGCGCAAGAAGGAGUACGUGGAGGACCUGGCACAACGCCUCCUCCAGAAGCACGGCAGCUCCGCGAAGCCCGCAGAGCUCCUGCGACGGCCCAUGCAGCCCUUCGACCCCGAGGAGCCGCUGGACGAGACGGUGUUUAAGACCAAAUUGUAUCACCUCGGGGUUUUCAGCGAGCCCUUCGGAGGGUUCAGCUUCGCUGGGCUCUUCCUCGAGAUCGCUGCAGGAACGCCACCUACAGCACGCUUGGGUGACCUCAUCGAGCACCUCAAGCCCUUCUUCCCAUCCGACGCGGCCCAAGCCGACAAGGACACUACCAGCUCCACCAUCCCCACCUCAGUGAGCUUUUCCCCUGAGACCACCAAGGUCACUCUACCAGCUGCAGAGGCAGAGGAGGAUAAGAGUGACUACGGCUCCGAUUUCGAGGAGGACCAGUCCCCCAAAUCCGCCGCCCCGGGCGCCGCGCCCGCGCCCGCUGCGCCCGCGCCCGCUACGCCCGCGCCCGCUGCGGUCGUGGCCCCGGCGCCGGCGCCGGCGCCAACGCCGGCGGCGGCGCCAGCGGCGCCUACCACGCUGGCGUACACAGCGCCAGCGGCGCUGGCAGCGCCAAUGAGCGAGGAGGAGGAGUUCGAAGAGGAGGGGGAAGAGAUCGAGAUCCCGCUGGAUGACUCGACCGAGCAGCCGUUGAGCCGCCCGGCGCCGGCGCCAGAGGAUGACCGUGUCGGCGCCGUGAAGCACUACUCCACUGAUGACUUUGAGGAUGUGUCGGAGGAGGCGCUGCCCGCACCGUCUGCGCCGGCGCCGGUGAGGCCCGCCGUGCCAGCGGCUGCGCCCCCGGCCGGGCCGCCGGUGCUGGUCGAGGAAAAUAGCGAUAUGGAUCCCGACUACAACGAGGAGUUCGAAGUGCAGAGCGAUGACGGUGAAAUCGCCGCAUCUCCUGUCCCUGUGGAGCUGGAAGACCCGGCGGAGAGCAUCUCGGAGGACGAGGUCUUUGCGGAUCCUGUGAGGGAAGGCACCCGGAUGCACGACUACGCGGAGAACUUCGAUUCCUUCAGUGAUGGCAUCUCCGAGGUGAACGAGGAUGAGGAUAUGCUCCAGUAG